AUGAAGAAAACAGUGGACGGCAGAUACGAAGUGCGUAUUCCCAUGAAACCAAACUUUCAAGAAAAGUUAGGCGACUCUAAAACAAAAGCGAUAGCUCAAUUCAAGCACAUGGAAAAGAAGUUCCAGAAGCAAAACAAACUAGCUGAAGCAUACAAAGCCUUCAUGAAAGAAUACAGCGACUUAGGACAUAUGAAACCUGCCGUAAGCAACAACAAGGUGGAGUGCUACUAUCCUCAUCACAUUGUGGAACGCGCAGAAUCACUUUCUACCAAGUAUAGAGUCGUGUAUAAUGCUUCCAGCAAAACAUCAACAGGAUACUCACUAAACGACUUAAUGUACAGGGGCCCAAAUUUACAAAAAGAUUUACAAAAAGAUUUACAAACACUAUUACUAAAAUGGAGGCAGUACGAGUUUGUGUUCUGCGCCGACCUAGAAAAAAUGUUCCGUCAGAUCCUAGUGCAUGAAGACGACCAACCGCUUCAAAAAAUCAUCUGGAGAGACGAGCACGGGACAUUACAAUCAUUUCAGCAGCUGACAAAGCUGAAACGGGAAGAUGGCAGCAUAGCGUCGAGCAAAGCGGAGGUUUUAGGUGAGAUCGAGAGGUUCUAUGGACAGUUAUACACUUCGAUCGCAAAGCCCGUUGACAGCUUGGUAGGAGAUCCAAGAGCCAAGCUGUCCCGACAUUAUACCGAAGAUAUCCCGGACAUCAGUCUGUACGAGAUUAGGAUGGCCCUGAAGCAGCUUAAGAACAACAAGGCGCCGGGCAAAGACGGAAUCACUUCAGGGCUUCUGAGAGCGGGUGGAACACCGGUACUUAAAGUCCUCCAGAAGCUCUUUAAUUCCGUCUUGUCCGAGGGCAUAACGCCUGAAACAUGGAAUAGAGGCGAUGUGGUGCUGUUCUUCAAAAAAGGUGAUAACAACCUAUUGAAGAACUACAGACCCAUCACGCUUCUGAGCCAUGUCUAUAAGCUGUUUUCAAGGGUCAUCACGAACCGUCUCGAACACAGACUUGAUGACUUCCAGCCUCCCGAACAAGCCGGUUUCCGAAAAGGCUAUAGUACCAUAGACCACAUCCAUACGCUGCGGCAAGUUAUACAGAAGACCGAAGAGUAUAACUUGCCAUUAUGCUUAGCGUUUGUGGACUAUGAGAAAGCCUUCGAUUCGGUGGAAACAUGGGCGGUGCUUGAGUCUCUUCAGCGAUGCCAUAUUGAUUAUCGGUACAUCGAAGUGUUGAAGUGUUUGUAUAGUAACGCCACCAUGUCGGUCCGAGUACAGGAGCAGAGCACGAGGGCGACUCCAUUGCGAAGAGGCGUAAGGCAGGGAGACGUUAUCUCUCCGAAACUGUUUACUGCCGUAAUGGAAGACGCCUUCAAGCUCCUGGAAUGGGAAGGGGAGGAACUCAGCAUGAUGCUCGAUGACCUCAACCGAGUUUCACAACGGGUGGGCUUGAAAAUGAACAUGGUCAAGACGAAACUUAUGUCAAAUGCCAAUGUUGUGCCCAUCCCAGUCUCUGUUGGGAACUCGGUACUCGAAGUUGUUGACUCGUACAUCUACCUAGGACAAGUAGUCCAAUUAGGUAGGUCCAACUUCGAGAAAGAGGUCAACUGCCGAAUCCAACUCGGUUGGGCAGCGUUCGGGAAACUACGUAAUGUCUUUUCGUCCGACAUACCUCAGUGCCUCAAGACGAAAGUCUUUAAUCAAUGUGUGUUACCAGUGAUGACUUACGGCUCCGAAACGUGGUCUUUCACUAUCGGCCUCAUCUCAAAACUCAAAGUCGCUCAACGAGCUAUGGAGAGGGCUAUGCUCGGAGUUUCUCUACGUGAUCGAAUCAGAAAUGAGGAGAUCCGUAGACGAACUAAAGUCACCGACAUAGCCCACCGGAUUAGCAAACUGAAGUGGCAAUGGGCAGGCCACAUUGCACGCAGAGAAGAUGGCCGAUGGGGUCGAAAAGUGCUCGAGUGGAGACCACGGACUAGCAAGCGCAGCGUAGGACGUCCACCCACAAGAUGGACAGACGAUCUUGUUAAGGUCGCCGGAAGACGCUGGAUGCGGGUCGCU